UAAAAUAAUGGACCAAUCCUUCAAUGAACUAAUCUCUGAAAUGUCAAUGUCUUGUUUUCAGACCGCAUCCGAUUAUGCCAAGAUCAUCCACCCCGAUGACAUCGUCAACAGCAUCUUGCUUUUCGUGCAAGUCUGGCUGUGGCUGCAAUCCCGAAAGGACCUGUCACCACCCAUCAGCAAGAAGAUCAGGACUGUGUGUCGCAACAUGAAUACGUUGAAAAACAAACUAAAAAAAGUCCGAAGGAAAAUGAAGAAAAGACUUCCGAAAUCUCCAGCCACCAUUGAAAACGUUGCUCAUGAAGAUAUUGACCUGCAACCUUCUGAAAUAAAUCGGGUGGCGAUUUGGCAGCGGCAGGAAUACAAGCCAGACCCGGAGCCUGAAGUCUACGAGGCCAUCGAUCCGACUGGACAACGAUUCCAGAAACCCUACAAGGAGAUACACUAUUCCCGCCACAACGAAAACACCCAAGUGGACCAAUGGGCAUACGUUCGCAAAUAUGCCAACAAACUUGAAUACUACAAAAAGAUUCAACCCCGCAACACCCCCGUUACUUACCACACCUUCAACCGCAAGAUGAAAGGCCGACAGGACAUUUGCUUCAUUGAGCAGAACUCCGCCAUGAACAGAUGCACGGUUCACAUCACCAAAGCACAAAACAGGCAACAAACAACCAAUGUGUACGUCUUCUCCAUGCCCAAAACCUCCAGCCGUUAGAUGAAACUACAUACACUCACACACACGGAGACCUACGCACACGCAAACACUCACACACGCAGCUAUACGGACUGUUGGGGAAAAGUGCUGUGGAAGGCUGGCAUGGA